AUGCGGGCGCUGCUGGUGGAGGAGGUGCGUGCCCAGCUCCAGCUGGCCAUGGCGGAGGGCGGCGUGCUGCAGCGCCUGGAGGGCGGCGCCGGGGACGGGCUGGCGAGGGCGAGGCUGGCGGAGUGCCAGCGCGUCAGCGACCACCACAAUUGCGUAUGGGAGAUCCUGGAAGCAUCGCCAAACCCCUUCCCGCCCACCCUACUCCUUUGCGCAUGCGCCCCCCUGGGGUCCACGGCGAUCCUGGUCCGCGUCACCUCCCUCACGCCGCACUACCGGCAGCUGGCGGCGCUGGCGCGCUGCGCGCGCCUGCCCCUGCCCCUGCAGCGCCUGCUGCUCGACCCCGGGGCAGCGACGGCAGGGCAGGGCGCGCCGCACCACGACGAUCCGCUUCCCGCUCCCCUCCGCAACGCGCUGGCGGCCCGGCACAACGCCUCCCAGCUCGCCGCCAUCCGCGGCGCACUGGUGGACUUCAGGCCGCCGUCUUCGGGCCGUGGGGACCAGCCAGGGGCCGGCGGAUGGGGUUCCGGCCCCUCCCUGACCCUGGUGCAGGGGCCUCCGGGGACCGGGAAGACGACGGCCAUCCUGGGCAUGGUGGCGGCCUUCCUGGGCUGCGCGGCGGGUGCCCGAGGUCGGGCGGGCGGCACGUUUGCGCCCCCUUGCUCGGACUCCCGGCCGGCGUCGGGUGAGGCCGUCCGCGUGCUCCUGUGCGCGCAGUCCAACGCCGCGGUCGACGAGCUGGUGGGGCGGCUGUGCCAGCGGGGCAUCCUGGACAGUUACGGGAAGGCACGUGCUGUGAGGGUGCUUCGGCUGGGCACGCUGGAGUCCGCCGCCCCUCGGGCCUCCGCCACACACAUCGAUGCCAUCGUGGCGGAAAUGGAAAGGGCGGAGGCGGGCGGCGCGGGGCAUGGCUUCGCAUGGGGCAGCCACGCCAGGGAGGUGCAGGACGUGGCGAAGGAGCUGAAGAAUGUGCUCCAGGACAUAGAGUGUCAGGAGAAUCAAGCAAGGCUGAUUCGCCCGAUGAUCUCAGAACUGCGGAACGAGUUGGAAAACGAGUCGUCCUCCCGACGACGGCGCCACGGCGAUUCCGAGUCGGCCAGUGAGUGGGAGGAGGAUCUGGAGGACAUCCAGGCCGCCAUGCAGACAAUGCGGGAGAUGUUGAGGGGGACGCAGAGCUCUCUUGCCAGCCUGAACCGCGAGAAGACAGAGCUGCUGGAAAGGAAGAACCAGGCUGAAGCCCGGAUGAAGUCCAGCAAGGAAUCAGCGUCGAGCAGGAGGCCUGAUCUGAGGGCCCAUGCGCUCAACCAGGCGGAGGUAGUGGCUGGCACGCUGAGCGCGCUGGGGGCCGACAUCUUCCCCCCGGGUCUGGCUUUCCAUGCCAUUAUCUGCGACGAGGCGGCGCAGGCGGUGGAGCCGGCGAGCCUCGUGCCCCUGCACCUGCUGGCGCCCGGAGGGAAGCUGGUACUAGUGGGUGACCCCAAGCAGCUCCCCGCCACGGUGAUCAGCUGUGGUGCUGCUGCGGGGAUGCUGUCGCAAAGCCUGUUUGAGAGGUGCCAGAAGGCUGGGACCCCAGUGGAGAUGCUGACGGAGCAGUACCGCAUGCACCCCGCCAUCUCGGCCUGGCCAGCCAGAUUCUUCUAUGAUGCAGAGCUGGUGGAUGGCCCAGAUGUCCACACCCUCGCCGCCCCCUUCCAUGCCCACCGCUGCUUCCCUCCCCUGGCCUUCUUCGAUUGCAUGGAGGGCAUGGAGAGCAGGGGGAGCGGCGGCUCCCUGGAGAACCGCGAGGAAGCUCAGCUGGCCCUGAAGCUGUGCACAGGCAAGCUGGUGGGGCGAGAGCUGCUGGGCUCGUACGGCGGCGAGGUCGAGUCGCUGGUGCUGCUCGCUCCCUACUCCGCGCAAGUGUCGGCAUUCAAGCGCCAUGUAUCAGCGAAUGCAGCGCUGAAGGGCCGGGUGGAGUGCUCGACGGUUGACGGCUACCAGGGGCGGGAGGCGGACGUGGUCAUAUUCUCCAGCGUCAGGGCGCGCGCGCAGUACUCGAGGGGAGGUGUUGGCUUCCUGGCGGACGCCCGACGGCAGAAUGUUGCCCUGACGCGUGCCAAGCGAGCGCUGUGGGUGGUGGGACGGGCCACCACGCUGCAGUGCUCGGAACCUUGGGCGGCAUUCAUCGACCACUGCCGGGCGCAGGGGUGCGUCAUUCCUGUGCUGGGGUCACAUGAUGACCUGCUGCAUGCGACCCACCAGACCUGA